AUGGUCCGCCUUACCGCCGCGGCGUUGCUGGUUUUCGCCCUCUCCUCCAUGUCCAUCACUCCAAACAACGCCGGCGCCAGGAACGUCGGUGCGGCUAACGGCCAACAGUUUAUCACGAGCGGGUGCGUAAACGACGCCGACUGCAGCUCGCAGUGUUGCGCCGAUGCGAACGGCGUGGGCGUCUGCUCGGCCGAGGCUGCUCAGUUCCAGAACGGCAAGAACGGCUGUGGCUUUGUCGACCCCGAUGCCGAGGCGACCGUUGCCGUGGCAAAGGCGCAGGUCGAGAGACAGGGGUUCUAA